AAUACACCGGUGUAAAAUAAAAAAGAACUUUCAGUUUUUGUUUUCAGUUUUCUAGUUUGAUUUUUGAGUAAAUAAAUAGCGUCGGUAACAAUAUUUUUACAUAAUAACAUGAAGGAAAGAAAUAUGGAAAAGAUCAAGUCUACACCAAAAGAAGAUUUAUCAAAUCACGAGGAAGAAUCUGGAGAUGAAGGAGACGAAACUUCUAGUGUUGGAAGUGCUUCAACUACCGACAAUACUUCACGAAGUGCAACACCAACUAAUAAAUUACGAAAAGGUCGACGAGGCAAGAAACGUUUAAGUGCUACUAUACCCAAAGUUCUUAAACCUAUAUAUACUUUUUCCUGCAGUAUUAAAGAAGAUCAUGGGCAACCUUUGUUUGGAGCUCAAUUUAAUCAUCAUCUGAAAGAAGGACAACCACUUGUAUUUGCUGCUGUAGGAAGUAAUAGAGUAACAAUAUAUGAAUGUCCAGAUGGAACUGGAAUCAAACUGUUGCAGUGUUAUGCAGAUCCCGAUCUAGAUGAAAACUACUACACUUGUGCCUGGUCACACGAUGAAGAUCUAGGAAAACCACUUUUAGCAGUUGCGGGGUCUAGAGGUGUCAUUAGAAUUUUAAACCCAAUUACUAUGAGUUGUAUCAGACACUACAUAGGUCACGGACAUGCUAUAAACGAACUCAAAUUCCAUCCAAAGGAUCCGAAUCUCCUACUUUCAGUAUCCAAAGAUCAUUCGUUGAGAUUGUGGAACAUUAAGUCGGAUGUUUGUAUUGCCAUAUUUGGUGGUGUGGAAGGACAUAGGGAUGAAGUUUUAAGUGCAGAUUUUGAUCUGAACGGUAAUAGAAUUAUGUCUUGUGGUAUGGACCAUUCUUUAAAGCUAUGGCGACUGGAUAAGGAAACAAUGAAAGACACUAUAAAGAAUUCUUACGCAUGGAAUGCUUCUCGAAAUACCAGGCCGUUUGAAUGUUUAAAGGAAAAUUUUCCAGAUUUUUCCACCAGAGACAUACAUAGGAACUAUGUAGAUUGUGUAAAAUGGUUCGGGGACUUCUUACUUAGCAAAUCCUGUGAGAAUUGCAUUGUUUGUUGGAAACCAGGCCGUUUAGAAGACGAGAAUUUAAGAAAAGGAGAAACUAGUUCCACGAUUAUCCAUCGAUUUGAGUACAAAGAAUGUGAAAUUUGGUUCGUGAGAUUCGCCAUGGACUUCUGGCAAAAAAUUUUGGCUUUGGGAAACCAAACUGGAAAAGUAUUUGUUUGGGACUUGGACGUUCCCGAUCCAGCUCAGGCAAAGUGUUACACUCUUCAUCAAGCUAGAUGUACUACUGCUAUUAGACAGACCACGUUGAGUAGAAAUUCAAACGUAUUAAUUUGUGUUUGCGAUGACGGCACAAUUUGGAGAUGGGAUAGGAUAUGAGUGUUUUUUUAUACACCUAAUUUUUAAUAUAAUUUUUUUAUUGAA